CAGGGCAACGGCGGCGCGGCGCGGCCCGGCCCGGCCCUCCCUCCCUCCUUCCUCCGCUGCUCUGGUGCGGGGUCCGCGGCCCCGGGGGCGCCCCUCAGCCCGGGGCCUGCUGGCACUGCGGGGGCAAGGCCCCGGGCCCUGCUCUGUCCUUGGGGAGAGCUGUUGGCUCAGCCCUGACGCUGCUGACCUCGGCGCGGGCGCGGGAAAGGGCAGCGUUUAAGCAAAGAUACUCUGCGGUCGCUUUAUGUUAAGGACAUGGUGACUAAUUUUGAUGAAAAACAUGAUGAAUACUUAAUAUACCUUCAGCAGAGAAACCGGCUACUGGGACGUUUAAAAAGAAAGGAUCCUGUACAAAUCAAACUGGAACAGUUAGAGCAAGGAUUUUCUCUGUAUCUGAAUGGAGCUAAUUCAGAGCUGAGAAAUUACCGUAGAAAAAUCAAGUCACAUGGCUACCUUAAAAAUGAGACAAAGACCACCAGGACAAAUGCAGCCCAACUAGAAGAGAGUGAAUGCAGCACACCGACUGCACCAAGGAAAACACGGCGCAGAGGUUGGCUUCAGAAAACUGUGGAGAUUAAAACAGAAAGAGGGUCUAAACUCUGCAUUAAACCUCCUUUUGAGUACUCAGAGGAUUUUGAGCCUUAUGAAAGCUUGAGUGUGGAGACAAAUGGUGAUGAUCCUCUCCGUUGCUCCCAGAAAUUGAGAGGAAGCUUGCAACUCAGUACAGAAGAGAAAAGGAUGGAAGAAGACUGUCUUAGUGAUGAUUAUGAUUCUGUUGAAGAGGAUGUGUUUUCAGAACCAUCUCCCACUGAGGAAACAAUUACAAGCUUUGGAGACCUUCAGUUGUGUAGCAGUAGAUCACUGCAGAAAGAAGCUUCUGAACGUCAGGAUGCUGGGAGAUGCUCUGGCCUUGAUUCCAGUGCCCUUACUGUGUUGGAGUUCAACCAGGAUCAAAGUAAAGGGAAGCCACUACGAGUUCUCUCUGCAAAAAGAAAAGAUAAUGCUGAAAUGUACAUUCCUGUCAAACCAGCUGUGGUAAAAAAUAAAAUCACUCGGCCACUCUCUGCUGAGUUCUUGCACCAGAAAAGACAUGAAAGAAUUUGUUCUAGACCAUUAAAUCGACCAGAACGACCGCUUUCAGCAACUCGAAAGAAUGUGUGUGAGGAGGAUCCUGAUUUCUCAGUUAUGGCUGUGGUUAAAGCAAUGCAAAUUGAAAAUGAAGUCUUGCAGAGAGAUUGGCAAAGGCAGACAGUUUCCACAAGCUCUCCAAAGAGGGAAUUUUCUCUUUCAUCUGUUGUUUCUGCAAUGGCUGAACCUCCAGGAAAAAGCCAGCCAAGGACUGCAGUCAUAAAAGCUGUUGAGAGAAUUUGUCCUUUUGGAAACAGACAACAGGAGAAUCUCCUGAAAGUCCUUGCUGAGCCUGAGAGCCAUUCUGCCCAUGAUAAUGACAUAUUCCUGUCUGGUGACAAACCUGAAGUAGAUUCCAUGUUGAGAGAGAAGACAACAACCAGUAUGGAAGUAUGUGAUGCCAUUUAUGUGACUAUGGAACUUCUUUCUAACUGGGGAAAUCCAGUAAACGUGGGCCUGAGUGAGGUGGAAUUCUUUGAUUUAUACAAUGAAAAGAUAUUUGUGUCUCCUUAUGACGUGGACAUUCGAAAUGCUGACAACUCAGGGGAUUUGUGCUGCUUGGUCAAUAAGAACUUAAAUAUCACGGAGAAAAGCUUCCUUUGGAUGUGCCCUUUCCAUCCACUUGUCCAACUUUACUUUGUUAUCCGCAAUCCCACCCGGUCACAUGACUUUGGUAUAUCCAAGAUCAAGAUUUGGAAUUACAGCACAACAACUCCCAGUGACCUUGAUGUUGGAGCAAGGAAGGUGAGGUUAUAUAUCAAUGAGAACCUUGUAUUUGAUGGUGAACUAGAGAGAGCUUCUGGAGAUCUCUGCACUGACCAUAGCACUACAAUUGACCUCACAGAUCACAAGCAAAAUACCUCUGCAUACUCUUCAAAUGAAGGGAAAGAAGUAAACGCACCUGCAGUCACCCAGAAGAGAGCAGACUUAAAUUUUAAAUGCUUACAGUCAAACAGUACUUCGCUAAACUGGAAAUCUCUGCCAGAGGACAAUCAUCUUGAGCGUAAGAUGAACUCAAACAGCUUUACGAAGAAAAAUGUGUCUGAGUUAGAGGAUGAUCUAAAAGUUUUACCAUCUCAUGUUUGUAUAAAAGAUGCUAAAGAGAAUGCAACAGCACAAGCAGUUAUGCAUCUUCUUCAGUCUGAUGAUGAACUUGCUUUGAGCAAGCAAAUGGAAAAGCUAACAGGAAGAAAAUUGUCUGAUUCUACAGGUGCAGUUCCCUCUUGGUUACAGUCAUCUUCCCAAGUAACAGAGAGUAAUCAAGUUAUUUCCAGUAAGCAGAAGCCUCCCUGGCUUGCUACAGAACAUGGUUUAGGCUUGAGAUUUCAAACACAGUCAGAUGGAAUCAUGAAAAACUUUUCUGAUCUGACUGAGGGUGUCAAAUGUCAGAGAAAUGGACUGGGAAGAUCCAGUAGUAGAAAUGCAAAUGGAGGUGAGAGAUCACAAAUGCUAAGCAGAAAGGAGGAUGACGUGGGCCUGGACGUUUUGGAGCAACCUUCUAACAAAAAUUCCUGCAGCUCACAGUACCCUACAAGUGGAAGGAGAAGUGUUAGAUGUGCAAAAAAGAUAGGAUUAAGCACUGUAAAUCUUGGAGAAGAUGAUUCUGCUCUCAAAGAUGCAGCGUUUUCGAUCAAGGACAUAGCAACUUCUAGAGCAAAGUGGCACAAUGAACAAGAACACACGCUGCAGGAGUCCUGGAACUCCUUGGUAAAGUUUAAUUAUUCCCAUCGUGGCCGAAUCUCUAACAUGGAUUUUCAAGGGGAUAUUUUUGAUGAGUUUCUCCAUCAACAGAAAAUCAACCGGCCUGGAGAAUAUCAGCAAGUGAGAAAAGAGGGACUACAAAUGCUACUGAAAAGGCAAGAAGGAAAUUCUGUGGAGGCACAUGAUGGAAAUGAUUUUAAAAUUCCUGUUUUACCUUAUGGAAAGCACUUGGUGAUAGACAUUCAAACAACAUGGGGAGACAGACAUUAUGUUGGUCUUAAUGGAAUUGAAGUUUUCAGUUCUAAAGGAGAGCCUGUUCAGAUUUCAAAAAUAACAGCUGAACCACCUGAUAUAAAUAUUUUACCAGCUUAUGGCAAUGAUCCCAGAAUAAUAACCAACCUAAUUGAUGGGGUAAAUCGGACCCAGGAUGAUAUGCAUCUCUGGCUCGCACCAUUUACCCCUGGAAAACCUCACUUCAUCUUUAUUGACUUUGUGAAUUCCUGUCAAGUAGCUAUGAUUAGGAUUUGGAAUUAUAAUAAAUCUCGCAUACAUUCUUUCAGAGGUGUGAAAGACAUUAUAAUGUUGUUAGAUGAACAAUGCAUCUUUAAAGGAGAAAUUGCGAAAGCUUCAGGAACCUUGUCUGGAGCUCCAGAGCACUUCGGGGAUACCAUACUGUUUACUACCGAUGAUGACAUUCUUGAAGCUAUAUACUGCUAUGAUGAAACUUAUCAUGGAGAAAUGGAAAAUGCCAGCUCCUUGAGAUAUGAGGAAGAGCUAAAGAGGCCAACAACUGCUGAUAGGGAGGGAGAUGAAAGACCUUUUACACAAGCAGGAUCAAGAACAGGGGAUCUACAGGUUCAAGAGCCAGACCCUCUCUCUGAAUGUAUACCCAAGGAAUCAGGAAUAUUUACUGGAAAAUGCCUGCAACUGAAUUUUACCAUGACCUGGGGAGACUCUCAUUACCUUGGACUGACAGGAUUUGAAGUGAUAGGAAAGAAUGGUCAUGCAUUACAAAUAAAUACAGAACAGAUUUCUGCUUCACCCCAAGACUUAAAUGAUCUUCCGGAGUAUACAGGAGAUUCCAGAACAUUAGAAAAGUUAAUAGAUGGGACUAAUAUCACAGUAGAAGAUGACCAUAUGUGGCUUGUUCCCUUCUCUUUUGGAGAAGAUCAUCUGCUCACAAUCCAUUUUGAUAAAAUUGAAAGUAUUGCAGGGCUUCGCUUUUGGAACUAUAAUAAAUCUCCGGAGGAUACCUAUAGAGGGGCUAAGGUAGUGCAUGUGUUGCUGGAUGGUCACAGCAUCUCCCCACCAGAAGGCUUUCUUAUCCGCAAGGGACCAGGCAACUGCCAUUUUGACUUUGCCCAAGAAAUUCUCUUUCUUGACUAUCUGCAGCCCCAGCUGACUAAUAAAGUACAAAGGAGGACUGCUUCAAAGAGAAUGGAACAAGCUAGUAUGGACUAUGAAGCACCGUUAAUGCCAUGUGGUUUUGUUUUCCAGUUUCAGCUUUUGACAAGUUGGGGCGAUCCAUACUACAUUGGUUUGAAUGGACUUGAGUUGUUCAAUGAACACGGAGACCAAAUCGUACUGACAGAAAACAAUAUUGCUGCUUUUCCAGAUAGUGUCAACAUUUUAGAAGAUGUGUCUGGAGACAUCCGAACUCCAGACAAACUAAUUGACAGAGUAAAUGACACAACUGAUGGCAGACAUAUGUGGCUUGCACCCAUUCUUCCUGGUUUGGUGAAUAGGGUGUAUGUAAUUUUUGAUGUACCUACUACUGUGUCAAUGAUCAAGUUAUGGAACUAUGCCAAAACACCUCAGAGAGGUGUGAAAGAAUUUGGUCUUCUGGUGGAUGACUUGCUUGUCUACAAUGGCAUUCUGGAUAUGGUGCACCAUGUAGUAUCAGGCAUCCUGCCAACCUGUGAUCCAGUGGUCCCGUAUCAUACCAUUCUCUUCACAGAUGAUGAGAAGAUUUGCCUUCAGGAGAAGAGAACUGUUAUUAGCAAUCACGUGGGAGAUCAGGAUGUACGAAUGAUGAAUGAAAAUGAGAUUGUCACAAACAGCAAAAAGAAGCAGGUUGUGGCUGAUCCGGCUUUGCGUCCGAAAACCUGCAUAUAUGAAAAAGGCCUGCAGAGGAGGAAACGGUAACAAGGGAUUGUGAUCUCCAAGAUGCGCACCAUCCAAAUGGAAGAUCUUCUGUUUCUGCUGCUGCUGAACCACCUCCUGUCUUAUGAGAGGGAAUUUUAUUCACUACAGGAAAUUUUCUUCAGUAAUGAACUUUAAAGCAUGAACUUGGUUUUCUUUUUUUUCAUUAUGAUUUUUUUUCUCAGUCUCUUAAUUGAAAAUCCAGGGAGGAAAGAACAUAAAGGAGUGAGUGAGAACCUUAUUGCUAACUGACAGCUGUUCCUGCCAAAUACCAAGAACUUGGGUGAAGCAGGAUGGUUUUAACAAGAGGUCUUUCGAAUAUUUCUCAAGCUUUAAUUACUAAUUCCUAGCUGGAUGGUCAUGAAGCUUCUCACUAGAAAGAAGUGUCUGCUUUGUUUCUGAUGCCUGUAAAUAGUUCUUUGGGAAAUGCACUUACUGGAGGAAAUACUCUUUUUCUGUUUCUGGGCUGCCACCGUAUGCUUUGAUGCCACGGCUCUCUCUAGGGGCCGACACUGUUUCUGACAUCUGGAGAGGUACCACUGGGCAGGCAGAAGUGUGAGGAAUGCUUUUAGAAAAUUGAGGUUGGGCAGUGGAUUUGUCAGGGUUUAAUAAGUAAGUUUCAGCUGUCACUUCUUUCAUCUUUUGCAGUGAAAUAAUUAUUUCUUUCAUUAUUUCACUACCAUGAAAAAGGCAGAUCAGGUGUUUUGCCUGAAGUGCCAUUGACAGGCACUCUACCCUUCCGGGUCCUCCUGUUACAGAACGGUGCUUUUCUCUCCUCUUUUGCCUGAAUUUGGUUAUAUGAACAAGGAGGCCGUACCUCUGUGCUGCACCGACCAGAUCUGUUGCCAGCAACGUUUCAUCGCUUUUGAGAAAUGGUAAAUGCAUGUUAACCAGCAGGAAGUAUGGAGGAAACUGCAUUUUUAAACACAAAAUGCCCUGCACAUGCGGUUGUUUAAACAAAACCUAACCAAAUAAUUAUUCUGCAAGAUCUGUAGCUAUGCAAAUGUACUUUUCACUGAAAGUUUGUCAGUUGUGACAACCUGUAAAUCUCUUCCAUAGAAGAUUCUUCCUUUCUCGUUUAGAACUUGCUCAUUUUUUCCCAAAGAGAACUGAACGCUCUGAAGUCAGUAAAUGCUUUUAGACCUGAACCAGAGAGAUAGUACUGCAGCUUCUGAUAGAAAGUCAAAAUGUGCUGCUUCCCUUUCUGUAGUAGGUCAGGAGUGCAAUAUCUUGUAUAUUUGCUUAUGAAAAGCAUACUUCUUAACUGUUGUUGGCUAAGCUGAAUAGGUGCAAGACAGCAAUGGAUUUCCCAGAUCUCUUUGUACUGAUGGACCAACAAAAUGUAUUUUUUACUAAAUACAAAAAACUUUACUUCUAAAUGUAAAACAGUGUUCUGAGUAUAUUGUACUUUGUUUAAAGGCUCUUUCCAAACUGGACUGACAAACGAACCUUCUGUUGUUCUGAGAACUGGCUCCCCUAGUGUAGCUCUACCAAGAAUCCAGUUUUAAUUUUUGUUCCAAAGCAGACAACUAUUACAUGCGAUUCCAAAACAAAAAAGUGGCAGAGCUGAAAGUUACUGGUAGGGCUAAGAACAGAUAGAAAUGUGUGUGUUUGGAAGCAGAGAGGCUAUAGCAAGGUUUUUAAGACUCAAGGCAGAAUCACAGAUUUAUCGUGUAGGCAAUCUCUAGAUGAGAUAAGGCCUGUCGCAUUGUUUGUUCUUCUGAGAAAAUUGCAUUGAAUGUGAAGAGGAAUGAAAUCUGUCGUGUUUUCUGGCACAGAGCAGCAUCCUUCUUCUUGAUAAGAGAAGGUACAAGGGGGAGGCAACUUUCUAUGCUCAUCUGUCUCCUCUGUAUCUGCCUGGAGCAUAUCAAGUCCUGUGUGAUGGACUAAUGAUUUUUCAACCCUAGUGCUUUGACAUAACUCCAGGUUUUGUAAAUUAUUGCAAAAUACUGGGUCAACCUCAGAUGGGUCACAGUUCCCUGUGUUUCUGUUUCUCUACCACAAACUCUUCCUCACUGGUCUGUUGGUAACUGCAGCUGGUUUUCACACCUUUUCCCUUUGGACAUCUGUAUCCAGUGCAGCUGUUCUGGCACAGAGUAUUGGCUUGUACCAUCUGCCAGCCUCUCCUAGCAGCUCCUUUUACUCAUUCAAGAGAUUCCCCACAAUUGCCACACAGUAGAAAGACCAUGAAAGUCUUCAAAAUAUUUCAAAAAAAAUUGUGAAGUUGUGGAACAUCUCCCCUGCAAUGUCUUUGUCUGAAAUAAGGGUUUGCCAGCCUGCUGUCUGCUCCGGGAUGACAUACCCACCAAGGCAAGGCCUAAUGAAGUCCUUGUUUCUAGUCAGUCAUAUAGAGAAAGUAGCAAAAUGUUUAGAAAAUACUUCAUUAAUCUCUGUGGGGUAGGAGAUGUCAGCAUUUGGCCUCCUAAUUAGAGCUGAGAUGUAAUGAUCCUUUAUAUAACCAAAGAUAAUUAAGUUGUCCUAGUCAGCCCUAUGUACUCAAAUAUAGACACUCGACUUACAUCCACAGUGAAUCAGGGUUUAAAAAAAAAAAGUUUUAUUCCAUUUUUCACCUUUUUUUAGCUAGCUAUUCACAAGUACAUUCAUGUCAGACUAGCAUUUAUGGGAGGGAAAAGAGGAAGAGUAAACACGCAAUCAAGAAAAUCCCCACGGAGCACUUCAGUCAAUGUCAGGCGCUGUUUCAGCAAGAGUGAUUCUGCAAGAAUGUGCAUGGAAUUCAACAUUGUCAAAAGCGUGACAAAAGAAAAGGAUUCAUAUGAAUUCUUGCUGAAGCCUUUGAUGUAAAUGAUUGAACUUUUGCCCAGUUCCGGUUUCUGAGCCACUCAAAAAAAUCUGUCGUAGUUCCUCACAUUUACCUGUGGUGACUUGCUUUAAAGGGGCUGGAUCAAGGUAACAGAAAUGAAUUUGUUUGUCCCACAAUGACA